UCUGGCGGCAAGAAGCAGCUGAAAUACUUCACGGUGAAUGAGGAGAACGGGAACCUGUACGUGAAUGAGAGGCUGGACCGGGAGGAGAUGUGUGGCGAGUCGGCGACUUGCUCCGUCAGCUUCGAGGCGCUGGUGCACAAUCCCCUCAACGUUUUCCAAGUAGAGGUGUCCAUCGAGGAUGUGAAUGACAACUCCCCGACCUUCAGCAAUGCUGCUCUGGAACUUGACAUAGGGGAGUGGACGCUUCCCGGUGCUCGUUUUCCCCUGGAGAUGGCCCAAGAUGCUGACUCAGGAAGCAAUUCGCUGCUGACUUACCAGCUCACCAGCAACCCAUCUUUCUCUCUGGUCAUGAAGGAGAGCCCUGACGGAAGCAAUCAGCCAGAAUUGGUGCUGGAGAGAGCGUUGGACAGGGAGAAGGAAAGCUCUUUUGAGAUGGUACUAGUGGCGGUGGAUGCCGGGGAUCCAGUUAGAUCCGGAACUAUCAGGAUUCGGAUCAAUGUGACAGAUGCCAACGACAAUCCACCCGUAUUCGGGCAGGACCAGUACCGUGCGAGAUUGCGCGAAGACGCAGCCCCGGGGUCGAGAGUGUUAAACGUCUCUGCCUCCGACGCCGAUAUCGGCAACAAUGCUCGCAUCACUUACGGGUUUGGGAAAAUGCCUUCCAAGGUACUUCAGAAGUUCAUGAUGGACACGGAAAGCGGAAUGAUCACGCUAAAAGAGGCUUUGGACUUCGAGGACACAAGAGGCUACACAUUACUGGUGGAGGCGAGGGAUGGUGGAGGUCUGGUGGCACAGUGUAAGGUGGUGGUGGAGGUGCUAGACGUGAACGACAACGCGCCAGAGAUCACGAUUUUGUCGUUGUCGAGCCCCGUGCCCGAGGACACGCCAGCGGGGACCGUGGUGGCCGUGCUGAACGUAAACGACCCGGACUCCGGAGAGAACGGUCAGGUGACGUGCGAGCUGUCGGGAGAGGCGCCGCUGUCG